UUUAUACAGCUACAGCCAAACACAUUUCAGAGGACAUUCGAAACGGAAAUCAAGUCUGACUGUUCAAGUUUAGGUAAAAAGGUUUACAGAGGAUGAGACCAAUACACCUGGUACUGCUCACUCUAGCAGUCAUCACGUCUGACACCGUCGCUCAGGUCGUGAAUGUCACGUGUUCCACUGGACUAUAUCCUCCAGACCCAAAGUCAAAGGUCACUGAGACUUACGUGAUCGACCUUGACCUUCCACCAAGUCAGCGCUGGAAUGAGCUGGCCAAAGCUAAACGCUUUCAGAUGCAGUCUUUAGUUGAUAGCUUCAUCACAUUUCUUGAAGACUUUGGAACAAUUGGCCAGGACAUUGUCAAUCUCAUAGACAAAGAAGGGGUAGAUCUUCUCAACGGUCUACCAGUUACAUUCGCAGAGGAGAUUAGAGGAAUUUCUCUUGCCAGUGGGAUGAAUAUAGGUCAAGUAGUCUUGUAUAAUUUGUUCUACGAAUUCUCUGAUUUCUGCACAUCCAUUAUCUCUGAAGAUCUAAGCGGAGAAUUAUUUCACGCAAGAAACUUGGAUUUCGGAUUAUUUUUUGGCUGGGAUAUUAAAAACAAAACUUGGGAGAUGACAGAAAAAUUACGUCCCCUGAUUGUCAUGCUCGAUUGGCGGAGGAACGGCCAGACAGUGUUCAAGUCGGUCAGCUACGCUGGUUACACAGGGAUUCUCACAGCGGUCAAACCAAAACUAUUUACACUGACAAUCAAUGAAAGGGGAGAUAAACAUGGCAGUGGUUAUAUCGGCAUUUUGAAAUGGUUGCUAGGAGACCGAAAUGAGACAUGGCUGGGUUUCUUGACUAGGAAUGUGCUAGAGAAUGCAUCCGGUUUUACUCAAGCCAAGACAAUGCUGGAGAACACGGUGAUGCUCGCCCCUGCUUACUUUAUACUAGGGGGAAACAAAUCUGGAGAAGGCGUUGUUAUUACCAGAGAUAGGGUGGACAACCUGGACACGUGGACAAUGAGGAAUGCGUCCAUCUGGUACAUUCUGGAAACCAACUAUGACCAUUGGAACCCUCCACCUUUUAUAGAUGACCGCAGAACACCUGCGCAUACAUGCAUGCAGAAGAUGGGUCAAAUUAAUGUUGGUUUCUCUGGUUUGUUUAAUGUGUUAUCAACGAGGCCGGUUCUAAAUAAGGGUACAACCUACACCGCCCUUAUGAGGGUCAGCACAGGACAGCUGGAGACAUACAUACAAAACUGUCAGGACCCCUGCCCUCCAUGGUAGACAUGCACUUGAUGGGACUGCAUGGCUCGUUGACUUGGCCUAAUGGGGCGGCAUUUUGUUAUUAAGUUAUCUUAUUUCAUCUCAGAGUAUCAUUGGAUAUUUGCUAAAUUCAUCUUUUGUAUAUAGUUCUUUAUUACUAGAUCUAUUGUAUGAAAUAAAACAAUUCAUCAACGUAAUAUUUACAUUUGUUUGUGUGUUUAUUUCCUGAAUUUUAAAUCAUUCUAAGACAUCAGUUAGGCCAGAUUCACAUCUAACUUCACAGUCACUUUCACCUAUCCCUUGGUCUGCUGGACCGUUGGGGCACCAUACGAGAUCUGUCAACCUUCUUUCUCCAUUCUUCUCUGUCAUUUGCCUUUGAUAGAAUUUCAUUCUGAUAUUUAAACUUGUCUUUUUAGGUGGACCACUUCUGGGGCCGAUACGGCAAAGUUUCCAUUCAUGUAAAAUAAAUAUAUCUUCGUCUAUGCAGUUAGAUCUAGGAUCUUGUAUGCAAAGCAAAAAAAUGCGUAUUAAAAGUAGAUUUACAUGCUUGACUAACCACGGUAAUGUGUAUCUUCUCGCCUGACCACUCAACACACAACAAACACUAUCGCUUGGUUGUCUUGUCAUGACCGACUACACGUAGUCUCGACUAGCCUUACACUGACCAGUUUGUUCGAAUCAGUCCCAGGGCCUGUCCAAGAGAUUGCGGGGCCCUAGGCGAAACGGAUGGAGCGGGGCCUAUUCUGGGUUGUGAUAAAGAUAAUAAGUGAAAAUUAAGAUUUUGUAUUAGAAAAUAAAUUCGUCUUUGCAUUUUAUUCAUUCUUUACUUAGUACAAAACCACUGUCAAAUUAAUUUUAUGAGCCAUCAACAGUAGAUAGUCGUUUUUCCAACAAAAAGCCGAUCAACAUUCAGAUCUGCCUUUUAGAUUUCUACUAUCGACUAUCAAAAUAUCGCUUUUGUUGUUUCUUUUAAAGAUAGAUUUAGAGCAUUGACUAUGUAACAUACCGUCUAUGAUUUAGAACUAUUUUUGUAUGCCAGUGACUAUUAAAGUAACUUAAGAAUU